AGUUAAUUAUAAUUUAGUAUAAAUACUUGUGAAACAUUGCAAAAAUUUCAUUUUACAUUUAUAUUGUAUUGAAAGAACACAUUGCAUUAAAAACUUAUUACAAUAUGAAUUUCUCGUUGAAAUAUCUUAACCUGUUGGUUGCGUUCUUACUUCUUUGGUGUUCUACUAUUGAAGCGAAACAAAUAAUUAAAUCAGGCCAAAACAGUGAUAUUUACAUCAACCAGCAGGACCCAUCAGGAGUAUUUGCUCAAUUUUGGCGAAGACAUAAUAGAACUACAACACUUAAUCCCAAUUCUACUACUGAACAAUGGAAUACUACAACAACUAUUUCCAGUCAAUCAACAACACUUUUUCCGAAUACGACAACUGAAAGGCGGAAUACAACUAAAGCUUUAUAUAAAUCAAAAAACUUAAAAGCAGCAACCCAACAAUGGAAUGCAAUUACUGCUGCUCAUGAAUCAACAUCAUAUCAUCCAAAGUCAACUUCUGAACAAUGGAAUGCAACUACUGCUGCUCAAGAAUUAACAUCAUAUCAUCCAAAGUCAACUUCUGAACAAUGGAAUGCAACUACUGCUGCUCAAGAAUUAACAUCAUAUCAUCCAAAGUCAACUUCUGAACAAUGGAAUGCAACUACUGCUGCUCAAGAAUUAACAUCAUAUCAUCCAAAGUCAACUUCUGAACAAUGGAAUGCAACUACUGCUGCUCAAGAAUUAACAUCAUAUCAUCCAAAGUCAACUUCUGAACAAUGGAAUGCAACUACUGCUGCUCAAGAAUUAACAUCAUAUCAUCCAAAGUCAACUUCUAAACAAUGGAAUGCAACUACUGCUGCUCAAGAAUUAACAUCAUAUCAUCCAAAGUCAACUUCUGAACAAUGGAAUGCAACUACUGCUGCUCAAGAAUUAACAUCAUAUCAUCCAAAGUCAACUUCUGAACAAUGGAAUGCAACUACUGCUGCUCAUGAAUCAACAUCAUAUCAUCCAAAGUCAACUUCUGAACAAUGGAAUGCAACUACUGCUGCUCAAGAAUUAACAUCAUAUCAUUCGAAUCCGACUACUCAACAAUGGAAUACAACUACUGUUCAUCCUGUAUCAACUCGGAGAACAACUCGUCAUCAUCAUCAUUUUCGAAGGAGAACAACAAUAGCACAAUACGAUUGAUGAAGGGACUCAUAAUACAGAUAUCAUUUUUUUUUGUAGUUAUAUACAGUAUAUAAGUAUACCUACUGUCGUAGUGUAGUCACUGUAGUGUAUACAAAUUACCAACAAUUCUUAACUUAAGUUAUGUCAUUAUUAAUACGAAUAAUUUUCUUAAUUAUAAUCUCCUUUGUUUUUAGCAUUUGUGUAAGGCCAGCUACAAUGCUACAUGGCUUGUUUUAUAUUACAUUUUGUGUUUAAGUUAUAAGUUUGAUCUUGUCACUAAUACUAUUUGAAUAAAAAUGAAUUGUUAUGAUUACAAUACAAUAUAUUAAUUAGUACAU